AUGUCCAAAAAGUCGCCCAAAUUGGCAAAGAAGUCGACAUUAGAGUCGAGGGACGCCUACAUCGGCGGUGAUGUCCAGGAAUAUCUUGUGGAGCGACUUCUGGACAAACGUGUGGUCCGCGGAUGCCCUCUAUAUCUCAUCAAAUGGCAGGGAUUUAGUGAUGCGGUAAACACGUGGGAACCGAUCAAUAAUCUACUGCCCGGUUGUCACCACUUGAUCCGCGCUUUUGAGGCCAAUCACAGCCACGACACUCAAGAAGCCACUCAACACAUCUCUCAAGACAUCCUUCAAGAGGACACUCAAGAAACACACGACUCGGACGCCACGGAAGUGGACAGCGAUUUCAUCAACGACUCGGACAUCAGUCACGAGUUAUCGACUCUUCAAUUGGCUGAUGGCCUCACCGGCGAUGACAACACCGGUGGUGCCGACAUCGAUGGCAAUGGUAUCACACAAUCAGACACUUCUGACCCGCAAUCGACUGGCGAUGGCGUGAAUACCGGUGCUGAAGAAAGUGGCGUAGCAUUGGAUACAUCGGCGUCGACGUUGGCCUCUACCUCGACGGCCACUACCGGUGCCAUCGCUUCCGAAGAAACGCCGGCAUAUGUGGCGAGAAGUGAAUGGCCGACAGAUCUGAUCCCUGAGCGAGUGAUUGGUGUGAAUCGGGACUCAGACCUAGAGUUGUGGCACUUUAUUGAGUGGCGAAACUCCUCGGAGGUGUCAGUCAUGCCUUCCCGGGUGUCCAACAAGUGUUGCCCACAACUGGUCAUUAAGUUUUACGAAAACCGUGUACUUUACAAGUAA